GCCCGGGGGUAUUUCCAGUGGGGGCACUGGGGACGGUCACUGCUCACUGGGGAGCCGAGAGCGGAGCCAUGGCCGAGGAGCAGCGGGACCUCAUCUCCGACCGCGGCAGCCUCAAUGUUGGGGCCACCCAGAGGUCUGUGCUGGGCCGCAGAGCCGGCCUCUCUGUGCUCUCCAUCCUGGUGGCCCUGCUGAUCGCCGGCCAGGCUGUCACCGUCUACUUCGUCUACCAGCAGAGCGGGCAGAUCAGCAAGCUGACCAAGACUUCCCAGACCCUGCAGCUGGAGGCACUGCAGAGGAAGAUGCCGGCCAGUGCCAAGCCAGUCAACAAGAUGAAGAUGGCCAUGGUGAACACCCCCCUGGCCAUGAGGGUCCUGCCUCUUGCCCCAUCUGUAGCUGACAUGGACAUGGCCCCUGCUAGCAACAAAACCGAGGACCAAGUGAAGCACUUGCUGCUGCAAGCAGACCCCAGGAAGAUGUUCCCAGAGCUGAAGGACAACCUGAUGGACAACCUGAAGAGUCUGAAGAAGACCAUGACUGAUGCAGACUGGAAGGCCUUUGAAUCCUGGAUGCACAAGUGGCUGCUGUUUGAGAUGGCCAAGAACCCCAAGGUGGAGGACAACAAGGCAAUCCCAGCAGAGAAAGUGCAGACUAAGUGCCAGGCUGAGGCCAAUUCCAAGGGGGUCCAUCCUGGCCACUUCCGCCCCCGGUGCGAUGAGAACGGCGACUACCUGCCCAAGCAGUGCAAUCCUUCCACUGGCUACUGCUGGUGCUCCUACAAAAAUGGCACUAAGAUUGAGGGCACUGCCACUCGGGAAAAGCUGGAAUGCCCUGAUGUCACCGCUGCUUCUGCCACCACUGCGGAGCCGGAGGAGAUGAUCUUCUCUGGGGUAGACAUGCUCAAGCUGGGUGCAGAGAAAGAAUAAAGAGGACACCAGCAGCUGCCAGGCCCUCUCUUCAGCAUCCCAGCUCCCCCGUUUUUUUCGCUGUUUCAUUUCUGCUCUUACCUUGCUUUCCUGAGAUUAACAGUGGGCACCCCUGCACGCUCCUGCCCCCUCCUCGCUGCAGGGCAACAGAUGGGCCUGAUCUGCCACCAGGAUCAGUGCUAGAGCCAGUGACCCCUCAGAGGGUGGGUAAAGCAGGCUGGAAAGUGAUCUCAACAGUGUCAGACCCAUCAAUCCUGUUCCUUUUUGCUCAUCAGCAUCUCACAGCACCCGGGCAGCAGCAGCAGAGCUCACCCCAGCUGAAAAAUGAUCUGCUAAUGUUUUCUUAUGCUGUAUGAGUAUUAAAAAAGCAGCAAAACAACCUUCACCAGCUUUGUAACUGACCCUGGAAGGCUGAAGCCCUGUUAGGUUACUGGUGUAGAGGGUUUUUCUUGUGGAGUGCUCAGGUUUGUAGAUAGAUGCUCACCUUCAGCUUUUGUACACAGGCUGCAUAGCCAUGGCCAUGGGUGAGGGUGGGCAGAGGGGAGGGCCCUGGAGGUAGAGGGGCUUCUAUUUUUCUGAAUGUAUCAGAUAGUUCCUUGAUAAAUGUCCUCACAAGCUAAAUAUUUCAAAUAAACUUUUAAAUAAGAAA